GUGAGGGUUUGAAGGCUCUUUGCAUUUAUUGAUUUGCAUUUAAUUCCAAUGUAGUAAACCUCUUCCUCCGAGCUGCUUUGUUCAGUUCCGCCAACGCUGCUACACUUGGGUUUUCACAGAUACUUGGUGUGUUGGCAUGUGAUGACGUUGCAAGCUUUCCCUAGCGAGGCUGCAGAAGUGAAAGCUUCCUUGAGACGCUGCAUCCAGGCUCACAGUCCGCCGCCAGCGAGGGACUGCUCCAGGGCUUUAUCUUUGCUUGAAUGCCGAGAGGAGAAACAGCCCGGCCCCUGCUGAAUGAAGUGCAGCUCAACCUAACCUGAAGACUUUAAUUCUCGUCAACAUGAUGUGUAUUUCCAGCAUUUUCUGUUUUUAAAUUGCAGAUAUCCAUCAGUUGAAGCUUCUUUUUUUUUAACAACUGAUGAUUGCUGUUUUUUGGAGCAAAGAAGACCAGAGAAGGUUUGAUGGAGAUGUACAUGUACCUGACUGACAGGGUUCAGCAAAAAGCAAACAUUGAAUCAAUUGACCUGUGAUCACUUAAUACUGCAGUUCUGGCCAUAAGGAAUUUUCCUCAAAAAUGUGGACUCUUGGUUUGUUUCUUUAUGUGUCAAUUUCCUUUUUAACUAAGACCUCAAUGCAAAAUUUGCAAGAUAAUGGAAUCAAAGUGCUAAAACUCCUACGUGUCAGCAGUGCAGAAGAAUGUAAUCAAACUUGUGACUCUGUAACAGACCAAGGUGGCUUGGAGUGCAAUUGGGUGGUGAUUGAAGAAAAUCAAAAUCUCUGUUUUCAUUUGUACUGUCUGGAUAUCUCUAUCUGUAAAGGAGCAACUGUGGAAGAUGUUAAAGCUUUGCAAAUAGGAGAAGGUUCACCAGUCAAGAAUUUGCACCCUGUACAAAAGGAAGUAAGAGAUACCCAUUCAGUUUACAGUAGUGCAUCAACUUUUAAUAUGUUGUCAUCAGACAGUAAUACAAGCAUGUCUGCAACAGUUUCAACAGCUGUCACCAAUUCAAGUACAGAGUCAAAUGAAGUUUCCAGCACAGACACCAUUAAUGCUACAGCUACAGCAUCAACACCAAGCAAACAAUUCAUUGGUACUUCUGGUUCUAUUUCUAGUACUUCAGCCACCUUACCGGCUCUAACCAUGGUGACAGCAACAUCGCCAACAAGUAACUCAAAAAUGAUCACCACUGAAGUGACAUCAAUAACUACAGCAUCAACAAAAGUCAGUAAGCAGCAUACCACUGUUAAUUUAACGGGAUUGUCCACCACCCAUGAAAGUACUGCAUCAAUUGUACACAGUCAACAGACUACAUCAGUUCCAGCAAAUUCGAGCAAAAUUGUAUCAACUAUGGCACCUAAUAGUAUUUCAAAGGAUUCUACAACUUCCCUUCAGUCUAACCCAAUUAGUACAAAACUGUUGAGUUCCACGCCAAAAACAACUCAGUCUUCGACCUCACAGCUAACCACUGUUACCCCAACAAAAGUGUCUACAACAAAGCUAAUCCUAGAGACAACAACAAGGCAGAAACAAACUCGAACCGAUGCAAGCACAAUCACUGGAGGAGUGUCACAGUCACCAAAAAUAAAAAGCAGAACUACAGUUGCAUUUAAUGAUGAGAAGAAUUAUGUCUUUCCUUCAGUGCCUGCUGGAGCUCUAAUCAAAUAUUUAGCUGACACAAGCUCAUUAAUGGCUAUUCUAAUAUUUGGACUGUUGUUUUUCUUAGUGAGUAUUAUAUUAUUUGCACAUAAAGCAUUUGAAAGCUAUAAAAGGAAAGAUUAUGUGCAGGUGGAUUAUCUAAUAAAUGGAAUGUAUGCAGAUUCAGAUAUGUAAGAAAAAAGAAACGUGAAGAAUAUAGGAAACAUAACACUCUGCUGUUGUAAUAAUGGGACUGUUUCUUUCAUUAAACUAAGCACAUUCUAUAAACUACAAUGCAGAUCAUCUGCAAUGUGCCAUAAGUCAAACAGUACUGCCUUGUUCUGGAACUUCUAAAGAGUGUUCGGAGGAUGUCAAUUGAGAUAUCAUUGUGAAUUUCUGAUAUUAUAAUUAACAUCAAUGUAAUUAUUUUGUGAGCUGCACUAUUUAGCUCUAACUAGCUUGCAACAAAAAAAAUUCUCCUUAGGCCACUGUUUAAAACAAAGUCACUUUGGUGUAUUUUUGAUUCAGAGGGAAUUUUGCAAUAAAAUAAGUUUUCAAUGAGGACAAUUCAGUAAUCUCAACCUUUCGAGCAAUACAGUUGCUAAAAUCGUGCCAUUGAACACAAAGCCAUGUUCUAUAGUUGCAAUGUACCACUAUGCAGUUUCUUGCCUUAAAAUUUAAUUUUUUUUAUCCUAUAUUUCUGAAAUUUAAAUCUGUUUGGGAGGUGCUUCUGUAUAAUUUUAUGAGAUACCUGGCAUUACUUCAUCAUAUCACUAUUAAACUGGUUCCAGUGUAUUCAUUACUGAAACACUAUUGUA